UUCUGUAAAUGAGCUUGCGCAGCCCCAUCACCCGCCCACCUAGGAGAGAUGCUUCCUAGCCAAUCGGAGAGCCUUAGAGUCAUCCUCCCGCCCACCCAGCACAGAGGCGGGACGUCUCUCCUUAGCCAAAGAGAAGAGACUUUCGCCCUCCGGCCGCCCGCGCUGCUCGCGAAGGGGUGGAGUUGUGGAGUGGCUGUUUUGGCAAGAUGGCGGGGAUCGGCGUCCGCCGAGCUGCGACUGCUGCCGGCACCUCUGUGAAGCCCAUUUUCAGUCGGGACAUGAACGAGGCCAAGCGGAGAGUGCGCGAGCUCUACCGCGCCUGGUAUCGGGAGGUGCCGCACACUGUGCACCAAUUCCAGCUGGACAUCACUGUGAAACAGGGACGAGAUAAAGUCAGAGAAAUGUUUAUGAAGAAUGCCCACGUCACAGACCCCAGAGUGGUUGAUCUUCUGGUCAUUAAGGGAAAGAUGGAACUGGAAGAAACAAUUAACGUAUGGAAGCAGCGGACACACAUCAUGCGGUUCUUCCAUGAAACAGAAGAGCCAAGGCCAAAGGAUUUCUUAUCCAAGUUCUAUGUUGGCCAUGACCCAUGAAGUCACGCAGUGGAAAGAUGCAUGUUCAUGUUAUUUUAGAGAACAAAUAAACUCACUAUACGAUGGUCACUUC